AUGGAACAUAUAUCCUGCGCAAACUGUUCCAAGCCGUCGACAAUAAAAUGCUCCCGUUGUCUGAACUCGCCCGAGUAUAAACCUGGCGAUGCGCCGGUGACUGCGUACUGUGGUUCCGAAUGCCAACGGCAGCAUUGGCCAACACACAAAGCACAGUGCCGCAGAUUGGAGGGUAGAAGAAAGAUACUAAGAAUCGGAGAGAUAAUCAAGACCGCCUGUUUGGUAUAUCGUGAAUCCGUAUUUGACCUCCCUUUAACUGAGGUCAAGCUUGAGGAAGGUGUCCUCCACUUCCUGCUGGAACCGAGGAAGAUCCUAGACCAUCCCUGGCAGAGACCCUUUCCAAGCAACCUAAGAAUUAGUCCUCAGCAUAAAGAAGCAGUUUUAGCAAAUAACCAUUGCGCGACUGUUACAAGCCUUCCUCCUCCCUUGGUUCACUAUCUUUUCGGAGUAAUCAAAGCUGAAUACAGUAUUGUCCAAGCGGCCGUAAAACCAAUACUUCCGUGGAAGCUCGAAUGGGUGCACAAUUCUAAGGGCGAGAGGAGACAUAUGACCUCUGACAACGUACUCCACAUCUUCGUGGUCGUCUAUCUACGUGGGGAAGGAUGGGUCGUUGACACAAUGGGAUGUCAGUUUGGUUUUCCCGACGUCCUCGUCCCGCUGGACAAUUACUUCAAUACGAGGAUCAAGGUCGUUCCCCUCGAACCGGUUCCUCCCACCGAGAACAAAACCUGCGACCAGGAGGUCUUCGGCCGGAAACUGUUACUUAGCGAUGCAGAAACGCAGCGUCUAAAGGCCGCACACGUGGUAGCGGGCCUUAAGCACUUUGCAGAAUACAUCCGGGUACGUUUCGGCUUAUUCAGGUCCACACGCCCCGCGGAAGAGUUCCUUAGCGGUGCCCCGGAGGAGUUCCAGGUUAAGCUCGCUCAGUUCGAGAGCGAUUUGAAAGUGCAUAUGAUAAGUUUUGUGGACUUUGCUCUUGGAAAGGAAAAACUAGACAAGUAG